AUGUCACAAACCAAGAAAGAAGAAUGUACUAACUUUUCUCUUUCAAAGCACAAAGAUGUUGAUAAGUUGAGUGAACAAAUCAAAAGUUUUUUGUUAGACCAUGAUUUAAGUUUAGAAGUUAAACUUAAACCAAAAAGGCUUCCAUGUGAUGAUUAUCAAAUAACAAAUGUUCACAAUGGAUUUAUUAAUAAACAAAAUACAUUUUCUAUUGUUUCUAAGGAACAAGAUGAAACAGUAAAAUUAGAAGUUGAAAUUACAAAUUUCAAAAAAGAAAAAGUUGAAUAUGAAAUAAUUCAAAAUGGAUUGUUUGAGCAUAAAGUAUUUUUUACUCCAAAAGUGAUUGGAGAGCAUUUGAUUAUUGUUUCUGUUGAUGGGUAUUCUCUUCCUCCUAUUUCAUUAAUUAUAGAAGAUGUUAUUGAUAUUUCUCAAUGUUGGAUAGAUGGAAAAAUCAAAGAAGGUGGGUUACUUCAAGCAGAAAAAGCUAUAGGUCAACUUCAUAUGAUUGGGGAAUCUGGAUCUCCUUUUGAAGGGGAAUGUACAACUACAAUAAGUUGUUUUACACCAAACAAUAAAGAAAUAAAAGGUCAAGUUAAAAAAGGAGAGCAUGGAACUUAUACAUUAGAAUGUGAAAUUAACAAAAGAGGAACUUAUACAUUUGAUAUUUGGAUUAAUAAUAAAAGAAUUAAAGCAUUAUUAUUCAAUACUAAUUUCAUACUUCCUAUUUGUCCAUCUAAAUGUCUUAUUUCAGGUAAAGGAAUGGAAGAAAUAAAAACUAUCAAAAUGACAAAGAUAGUAGAAUUUACGAUUCAAACAAAAGAUAAAAAUGGAGAUUGUUUGUUAGAAGGAGGAAAUGAAUUUAAUAUUCACAUAACAGAUCCUAAAAAGCAAGUGAUACCUUGUGAGUGCAUUGAUAAUAACGAUGGUACUUAUACUUGUAAAUACACUCCAUCAUGUCCUGGAAAAUAUCAAAUUGAGAUUCAAUAUCAAACAAAACCUUUAGCCCAAUCACCUUAUUCAAUUAUAAUUGAAGAUGAGUAUGAAGAAGAAAGUGCUCAAUGUUGUUUGAAAGUUCAUCUCAUUAUUGCUUUUGUUAUAUGUAUUCUAGCAAUGAUUUAUAAAGUAAGUCAUCCAAAAAUGAUGUGUCUAGAAUAG